CGCCAAGGCAAAGUCACCUGCUCCUCGGCUCCCUCUCACCCGACCCCCUCCCAUCCCCUGCACCGCCGCCAUGGGCACGCUCGCGCCGCGCGCUGCGCCGCCUGCUGCACGCAGCGACUUCGACAAGCGCCGCUCGCUCCUCACGCGCAUGCGCGACGGCCUGCGCCCCGAGCCGCCGUCGCUCGACAGCAGCCUCGGGCGCAGCGCACACGCCCACGCCGCACACCACCCUGGUGGCAGCACGCCCGAGCUUGGCGAUGGUGGCGCGCACAAGGGUGGCCCACGCCGGCGCUUCUGGGGCGGCAAGCGGCCCACCGCCGAGGCCGCACCGCCGCUGCCGCAGGCGCCGCCGGUGCUGUCGCUCGCAUUCGACGACGAGCCGGCCGCUGCGCAGGUGCAGCCCGCGCCGGCGCUCUCCAGCACCGCGCAGACGGCACCUCAGUCCAACAAGGCGCAGCGUCCGGCCUCGGCGGACGUGAAGCGCACGGCAUCCACCGGCAAGCGGCGCGCCGGGCGGCACUCCGUCGACGCACAGCCCACGCCCGCCGCGGCUGUGGCGCUGGCCGUCAAGGCCAAGCCUGCCACGCCUGCGCAGCGCCUGGAGGCGCACAAGUCGGCGCGCCUCAGCGUGCCGCAGGCGCAGGAGCUGUUUGCGCUCUGUGCUCAGGAGAUCCGGAUGCGCGGGCUGGCCACUGUCGGCAUCUUCCGGCCCUUCCGCCUGGCCGAGUCGCCCGAGCGCGUCGAGCGCUUCGUGGAGCUCUUCCUGCUGCACAGCGAGCCCGAGACGUACGCGCGCAUGUUCUCUGUGUUCGAGGCGAAUGCGGCGCCUGGCUCGUCGGCGCUGUACUUUGACACGCUCGGACGGCCAGAUGCCUACCAGGAGCUGUUGCGCAGUCUUUCCUACGCGAACAUCCACGAUGUGGUCGGACUCUUCAAGUGGGGUCUUCGGCGCCUGCGUCUGCGCGCCUCUGACCUGAACAGCUCAGACCAGUACGGCUGGUACAGCACCUUUGCCGAGGCCGAGAAGAGCGCAGGCUACCCGGCGCGCGCGUUCUCAGAGCUGCUGCUGCCUGCGCUGCCAAAGCCGACCGCGCAGCUGCUCGCCGACCUCUUCGACCUGCUCGGCACCCUUGCCGCGCACCACAUCGCCAACGCGAUGCCCGCGCAUCGCAUCUGCCGAUCCGUAUCCUUCUGGCUGUGGGGCCGCGGAGGUGGUCUCGUCGACCACCCGCCGUCCACGCUGGAGGAGCUGCUUGCAGCAUGCGAGCGCGCAAGCCUCGUCACGGAGCACCUGCUGCUCGCGCACAUCCGUGACCAGGGCGCAUCGGUGCACAGCAUGCCGACGCGCCUACUCGAGCUGGUGCACAGCUAUCCCUACCUGGCCGGGGGCGCCGACGCGCCUUCGUUGCCGCCGGCGUUCAGAGGACGCGAGCAGCGCGCGCUGCGCAUCAAGCUGCGCACCGAGAACGUGGCGCUCUCGGCCAAGCGCCCGCGCACACCGAGCGACACGCUGCGCGCGGCGUGCGGCGCCACCGUCACGGACACCGAGAGCAGCGCAGAGAUGGACGACUGGGCUGCGAUCGUCGCCUACGCCGCGCUUGCACCCGACGUCGAUGCGGUGACUGAGCUGCGCGCCGGACCGCUCGCCGGUGGCCUCUCGCCGAUGAGCCCGUCCUUCAGCGUCGCCAACACAGUGAACUCGCGCGGCACGACGGCUGUGGAAGACGAGCAGACCACCGACAUGCGCCGAGAGCUGGCGCUUGGCACAGAGGAGGACGCGCGCAUCCUGCGCAUCACAGCCGACGUGCUUGCUGCGCGUCGCGCGGUCCUCGAUCCCUCCGACAAGCCCACGCCCAUGCCUGAGCCCGCCAAGCCGCAGCCAUGGAGCGACUCGAUGAUGCAGAUGCCCAAGUCGGACUCUUCGCAGUCGCUGGCUGGGCGCACUAGCCUGCAGUCCAGCGGCAGCGUCUCUGAGUUCGGCGCCAUCGGGACCGCGCGCACCUCGCUCGAGCCGGCGAUGACGACCUCGGGCAGCCUGCGCGGGCGGACGAACCUUGGCACGCUCGAGGAGGACGACGCCAACUGGAAGGACUUCUCCGCGUCUGGCUUCGCCACCAACGGCGCCGCCUCGACCGAUCUGCAGCUCACGGAGGUGGUGAAGGAAGAGCCGGCGGCCGCCGCAGCCGAGGCUCCCCGUCCGGUCGCACGUCGUCAAUCCUCGUUCAGCUCUGUCAGCAGGAGAGGCAACCGCAAGAGCAAGGCUGUCGAGCCGUUCGACGGCCCAAUUGUGCCGCCGCCGGCGCCGGUGUACACCGUGACGCGCGUGGCGACGAUGGGCUUCGAUGAGGCGCUCGUGGCGCUGUGGCAGGACCAGCUGCUCGACCCGGCCGUGUGCGCCUCCUUCCCGCCGCUGCUCUUCAUGCAGCUCAACGCCAAGACGGCCUCGCGCAUCCUCACCGCCGGCAUGGGCAUGCAGGCGUCAAGCUGGCUGUGCAUCGAGGAGCACAUUACGCCUCCGCGCCCGGCCCUGCCGCCGUCACACGCCGGAGGACACGGCCGUGAUCGCAGCGACGCGACCUCCGAGCGCCGCUCGCUGUUCGCGCCAAGCUUCCGCUCCAUCACCAACAGUCUCUUCAAGGCGUCUGGACUGCGCCGCGUUGCGUCCUACCUGCCCAGCAAGAGCAGCCGCAGCGAGGGCAAGCAGCCGCCGACGAGCGCCGAUGCCGUGCAGGCGAGCAUCUCGGCGCGCACUCUUGAGGCCGAGUCCGACGCGGAGAGCGCCGCGCCGCGCUCGUCUGCGCCCGUGUCCCCGACGCGGACAGCCGAGCGCACCGUCAAGCGCAAGCCUGUCGCAGCAGCCAAUGGCGCGUCGAACGGCCACAGCGACACUCCGCGCUUUGCCACGCCCACCACGACGUUCGACGCCGAGCCGGAGCGCCAGAGCGAGCGCGCCUCCAGCCAGUACGUCGACGCGCCGAACUAGCCUUUGACUCGCAUUCCCCCGUCUCCCUUUCCGAUACCCUGUCCGCCUCUCGUGAUCCUGUCGUACUUUAUCUCCCGCGCCUCGCGGUGCCCUAUUGCCUCCUGCCUCUGCCAUACCUU